CUUUAGCUGCCACUGCUGAUCCUGGACCCCCUAGCCAGGGCUCAGUCUAGCUACCAUGACAGAUGUGUACUCCUUGGAUGGUAUUCUGGUGUUUGGUUUGCCCUUUGUUUACACCUGUGCCCACUUCAAGAAAGUUCCUCAUCUCAAAAACUGGCUGCUAUCUAAGAAGGGAGGUCUGGGUGUGUUUUACAAAGCUGCUGUGAUUGGAACCAGGCUGCAUGGGGCAAUCACCUGCAUCAUCAUGGCCUUUUAUGUCCUGUUUAUAAAAUGAACUCCAAAGCAUCCAUCUCAUUAACUGCCAACCAAGGGGACAAGGAUAAAGAACAUGUUGAGGGUUGGG